AUGGAGCCGCCGCCGCGGCGCGCGGCCGGCCUCCCGCUGCUGCUGCUGUCCGUCGGGCUGCUGCUGCCCGGGGGGGGCGGCCAGCACCUCCUCCUCCUGCGCCCCAUCCCGAGCGACAGCCUGCCGCUGCUGGAGCUGCGCGAGGACCCGGACCCGGUCCUGGACCCCGGGGAGCGGGACCUGAACGAGACCGAGCUCAGGAGCGUGCUGGGGGACUUCGACGCGCGCUUCCUGUCCGUCUCGCCCCCGGAGGAGGACGAAGAGUCGGAGGAGUCCGAGCCGCUCCUCGACCCGGGCGGAGUCCUGCAGAAGGACACCCGGUCCGCGGACCCGGAGGCGCCGCCGGGCUGGAGGCAGCGGCCGAACCGGAAGCUGCUCCGGCGGCUGCAGCUGUGGCUCCGCGCGCUCUCCUCGUGCCCGCUGCGCCGCGCCUGGACCGACCUGGGCGGCCGCUUCUGGCCGCGCUACGUGCGCGCGGGCGUCUGCCCGAGCAAGAGGUCGUGCUCGGUCCCGGAGGGCAUGCGGUGCAGACCGGCAGGCUCCGCCCACCUCACGGUGCUCAGGUGGAGGUGCGCGCAGCGGAGAGCGGGGCUGCGGUGCGCCUGGAUCCCGGUGCAGUACCCGGUCAUCACGGACUGCAAGUGCUCCUGCUCCCCGUGA